GACCUACUUUCUACAGUGGAGAAGACGUCCGCCAUCAUAAAAGGCUGUCACUUUCAGCGCUUUAUUAUCAACGAUUAAGUUUCAGUUUUCAUUACAAUCUUUCAAACGUUGAUGCCAUUUUUAAUAAUAGGUAUCUUAGCAACUUAAUGAUGGAUUUACAACUGGAAUAACGAAUAUUAACGACCCGAAUAUCGGGUAUAGAAUAUUACAUUCAAAAUCAGUCAAGAAUUUGUGGAAAAAUGAAUGGAAAAUUGAAACCAGAGAAGUUCGUUUACUGCGACGCCUUCUACUCAAAGUCCUGGAUUAAUGCCUUGAAAGCUGGACAGGUUGUAUUUGAAUGACAUCUUGAUUUGCAUAUAUCAGCCACAUAUUCGGUCUAUUUUCAAACCUUUGGUUUAUCAUGACUGGCUGUAGAAAUUCGAACACUUGACUCGAAUAUCAAAUCUACAAGGACAAGAUUUGUAGAUUAAUCACUUUAUCAAGGUUUAAUUUUCAUAUUACGCGUACGAAUAGACACUUACUUUGCAUUACUUUUAGUCAUAUUGUUGAUAGAAUACAAUGAGCAAAAAUGAUGGCAUGUCACGGUCCCCUGUCAAUGGGAGAACCUCCAAAGAAAGGGAUGAUGGAAAACCACAAUCUUCAAGCCGGCUAAGUGGAAGGUUUGGUCUUUCUAGUGCAAUUAAAGCAUUAUCUGGAAAAUCUAAGUCAUAUAAUGUAGAAAAAGCAACUACAAUGGGUGCCCAGACUUCUUGUGCUAAAGAUAUUGCUACUAAUGGUAGUGGUUCUAGCAGCCCAAAAUCUAUUAUGAACUCUGCAAAGCAUUUGAUCACUCGGGAACGUAGGCAAUCUGGAGAUAAGUUUGAUAAAAAGCCUCGUAGAUUUUCUGGUGGGGAACAAAGUAAUUUAUCUGUGUCACCCCGUGAUAAAGCUAGCAGUAAACUGAGUAGGCCAAGCGAGAACUCUGCUGAUAUACAAAAUGCAAAUAUGCCUUCUGAAGAUCUGUCUGGUGUUACAAAUUCUGUAACUAAGCCUAGUGAAUCUGGAAAAACUGGUAAAGGACGUAGCUCUCAACCUAUAGAUAUCAAUGGUACUGAUCUUAAAUCUGGAUCGUUGCCUAGAAGCCCCAAAAGUAAAAGCCCCAAAGUUGCAGUUAAUGUUAAUGGAAAAGACAAAAGUAUAGAUAUCACAUCUAGUCCCAGUAGUAUAAAUGGUGGGCUUAGGUCCGGUAGUGUUAGUCCCUCUGACCCUAAACCUGUUUUGAAAAGAUCCACUGGUAGCACGGGUAGUCUCCGUGUUAAAAAACAAGUAACUAUAGAAGAACAAGCUAUUAAACUGUCAGAUGAUAUAAACAUUGAAUCAGGAUCUGAAAAGCUAGUAGAUAAUACAGCAUCUGAUGUGAAGUCAACAGAGACUGUUCCUCAAUCAGUUGAAUCAGAUACCACAAGUGCAGAAGCUAAAACAGAAGGCAAAGAUGCAGAUCCAGCACAUAAAGAUGAUGAAGAUGAAGAGAAACCUCUAUCUGUUUCACCUAAUGGUCGGUUUUUGAAAUUCAACUAUGAAGUUGGCCGGGGAUCCUUCAAGACCGUUUAUAAAGGCUUGGAUGCUGAGACUGGUGUUGAAGUAGCUUGGUGUGAACUUCAGGACAAGAAAUGGAACAAAAGCGAACGGCAAAGAUUCAAAGAAGAGGCCGAGAUGCUCAAGUGCCUCAUGCACCCAAACAUUGUACAUUUCUACGACUCGUGGGAGGAGUUAUCACCUCGCAAUCGCAAGGUCAUUGUCCUGGUAACAGAACUCAUGACGUCGGGCACGCUCAAAACGUAUAUCAAACGCUUCAAGAAGAUCAACCUAAAGGUGACAAAGAACUGGUGCCGACAGAUUCUAAAGGGUCUUUACUUCCUACAUACGCGUACUCCCCCUGUAAUACAUAGAGAUCUGAAAUGUGAUAACAUCUUCAUUACUGGGACCACAGGCUCUGUUAAAAUCGGUGAUCUGGGUUUAGCCACAUUGAAAAACAAGUCAUUUGCAAAGAGUGUAAUAGGCACACCUGAGUUCAUGGCCCCCGAGAUGUACGAGGAACAUUACGAUGAGUCUGUCGACGUGUAUGCGUUUGGAAUGUGUAUGCUCGAGAUGGCUACUUCUGAAUAUCCAUAUAAGGAGUGUCUUAAUCCAGCUCAGAUUUAUCGUAGAGUAACUACGGGAAUCCGUCCAGAAAGUUUUGAUAAGAUUGAAAAUAGUGAGAUAAAGGACAUCAUUGAUGGGUGCACUCGCAGUAAACGUGAUGAAAGAUAUACUGUCAAAGACUUACUGUCUAUGGAAUUCUUUGCUGAAGACACAAGUGGCCUGAAGGUUGAAAUUGUUGAGGCAGCUAACACAACUGAAACUAGUGAGCAUAAGUUUAGCAAUGGCAGAUGUGUAAAUCCUUGUAUUACAUGUGAGACAGAGGGCAGCACAAGUAGCACAAUGAUCAAACUGAGGCUGCGUGUGUCGGAUCCAAAGAAACGCAAAGACAAACAUAAGGAAAAUGAAGCAAUUGAGUUUGAUUUCAACUUAGAGAAAGACAAUCCAGAACAUUUGGCACAAGAAAUGGUGAAGUCAGGGUUCCUACAGGUGGAAGAUGUGAAGGUUGUGGCCAAGCAGAUCCGAGACCGACUCAAUCAAGUGAAGCGAGGUCGCGAGAGAAAAGCAGCUGGUGAAGCCAAGAAGAAGGAAGAGAAAUCUGACAGUGAUACGGGCCAACAACAAGUCCAGGCUCCCGUCCCUGCAGCAACUACUACAACAACUACAACAGUCCAGGCGACAUCUGCCCAGCAACCACCUCCACAACCCUCCCAGUCCAGCACCACGACACAGAUAACAUCAACGGUGUCAACCACCUCACUCCAUUCAGCAUCAUCACAACAAUCUUUGCAGUCUUUAGCCCAGGCAGACAGCCAGAAUAACAUCCCUUUGGGAGGAUUUAAUGAGAGAACCGCCCAGCUUCAUAGGACGUUAUCUAGUGAUAGUGGUACAGGGAGCAUACCUCCUUCAGAUCUUCCAGCCGCCAUGUUGCAGUAUACACAGAUGCCUGGUUUUCAGCAGUUUAGUCAAUUUGCUCAGUUUAACCCUCUUGUGGCCCAGCAGUAUUCUCAGGGCUAUCAACCAGCCACCUACGCUCAGAUUCAGAGUCAGCUAGGCAGUCAAGGCAUGCAACUGCCACCAUUCCAGGAUCCUUCAGGUCAGCUACAGCUGCAGUACGAGAGCCAAGGGGGACUACAAGCAGGGGGCCUACAGACAGGGGGCCUACAAGCAGGGGGUCUUCAGAUGUCCUCUAGUGCAAUGAACCUAUCGCAGUAUACAGACUCGCAGUCAGGCCUUUCGCGAGCCUAUAGUGAUGUCGGACAGUAUUCAGAUGGUAUGGUUGUGACACCUCAACAGCUCCAACAGACACAGAUCUAUCCUGCUUCAGCACCCAUGUUCCAGCUUGGGCCUGUUCCUAUACAGAAUGAAGUCCCUCAGUCUCAACAACAGCAACAGUCACACGUUCUACAACAACAGCAGCAGCAGCAGAAACAACCUCAACAGGUCCCUUCACAACAGACUCAAGUCCAACAGGGCCAAAUGGGUCAACAGGGUCAAAUGGGUCAACAAAUGCAACAAGGUCAAAUGAUUCAGCAAGGUCAACAGCAACAGCUUCAACAAGGGCAGGUCAACCAACAGACUUCUCAGGGGCAGUUGCAACAACCUGUUCAGCCACAACAGCCAGCCCAUUCCCAAGCGCAACCUCCUCCAGUCAGCCAGCCCCAGGGACAACAAGUGCAACAACAACAAGCCAAAGUCCCGACCCAGCAGGCCAACACAGCAGGCCAGCAGCACCAAUUGGAUAUCAGUGCAGCUCUUGCCAACCAGGAUAAACCUCACACAACCACACCUCCUGUGGAUGAAGGAUCUCUUUCACAAAGGGAUAGUGACACUGGUACAGAUCUUGAGAAGAAGGACUCAAGGAAGAAGGAACGUGGCACAAAGAUCAAGCGAAGACGUCCUGAGAAGAAUCCCCACCUUGUUAUCCUGAGCCUGGAGACAGAAGAGGACAAUGGGCACAUUGUUGAGUGCCAACUAGAGACAGCCAAACAGAAGACUGUCACAUUCAAGUUUGACUGUGAGGAUGAUGACCCAACUGAGAUUGCUGAGAACUUGGUUAAAGAGAACCUUCUGCCCGAGGCUCACACAGAUCUAUUCAUAGAGCAAGUGAAGGAGGUACAGGCACUGGUGAAGGCCAAUCCUGACAUGGCAGUUGAGCUAUCUCAGGCCAAGGCAAAGGAACAGGCUGAUAAGGAGAAAGUUAGUGAGACUCCAGUUACAAGUCCCAGCACCUUAAGGCGUACAGUUAGUCAGCCAUCACAGGAUGUUGUAGAGGAAGAUCUUGCUCUCAAGAAGACAAACAGCGAGGCUAUCAUACAAGAGCACACUCCUACACCACCCAAUGUGCCCACUGAGGUGACAUUCUCCCCUGUGAAGCCUCCAAUAUCUUCUGCCACAGUGGUAGCCAGCCCACACAAGAAGUUCCUAGUGAGCCCUGUAGCAGAAUCUGCCCUUGAUGACUCAGUCCUUGCAGCACCUCUGUUGGAGAAUGCUGAGAGAGAGAAGCAUGAAGGGAGCUUGCCUCCUCCAGUGCAGAGACAGAUAGGAACGAAUCAGGAGGACUUAAUACAUCGUCCAACAACAGCACGUCAGACUAGUCAUACAUCAACCACUGGGUCUACAUCCCCACGUGAUGCCCAAGCUGGUGAUGACAUUAAACCAAUACAAAGGACUACAUCCACUGAUAGUAACACUAAUAGUUUAACUUACACCAAGGCAAAGGCAGUUGCAACUGACCUAGAGGACUUGAAGCAGAAACUAGGAGAGUUGAGUAGUGUGAAACAGGCUCUAGGUAAAGGACUGGCCCCUGAUGGAAAGGCUACUCCAUAUCCACCAGGAACCCCACAGCCUGGAAGAGCCAAUGUUGGACAGGAGGAUGGUACCCAGGAUACAUCAAGGACAUCCCCUCCUCCACCUGGUCAAAUGCCGACUCAAUCCCAGCAGGCUCUACAACAGCCUGGUAUUCCACAGUCAUUGUCCCAGCAACACCUAGCAGCCCAAGCCUUACAACAACAGCAACAACAACAGGCUCAGCAGGCAUCUGUGCAGCAGCAACAAAUGUCUCAACAAGCUCAACAGAUGGCAUAUCAAGCAGCUGUUCAGCAGCAACAACAGCAACAAUAUCAACAGAUGAUGAGUCAGGCUUCUCAGAGUUCCCUAAAUCAACAGAGUGGAUUACCUUUACAACAACAAUUCCAACAAAUGCAACAGCUAAUGGAGCAGCAAAUGCAGCAACGUAUUCAGCAAAUGUUAGCACAAGAGUUAAACCAAACCAGGCAACAGAUAGAGCAAGACUUGUACCAAAAGCAGAUGAUGAUGAUGCAGGCCUAUAUGCAGCAAAUGGGUCUUCAGCCACCCCAGCAGUUAAAUCUACAGCAAAUGCAGCAACAGAUGGCAAUGUCCCAGAUGUUCGGUGGCCAACAGCCAUUCCCUGGUGUCACUCCAGCCCAGAUGUAUGCUAACUACUUACAACAAGGACUAAUCACCCCUGGUAUGGCUCCAUAUAUGAUGGUCUCCCCUAGGAAGGAAAGCCCAGAGCAUACCAUCCAACCAGGACAGCAACCAAUGUAUCAAAGUAUUGGAAAGCCACCAAUUAGUUCAAUGAGCAUGGUCCAAGGAGGAAUCCCUACUAGUCAAGCAAUUGGGAGCCAUGCAAAUGAGGCCCCUGCAACUGGGCAAGGCACACCAUCAAAGGUUGCUAAAAAGCCAUCAGAUUUGGGUGACCUGGAGAAAGCUCUGUCCAAGCUACAUGGAACUGGUAAAAGGAAAGAGAUUGCUGCCACUUUGCAUGCUACUACACCACAUGGCCCUAGUGGACCACAAAGUGAACUUAUAUACACCAAUGUGCAACACCCUGCUGCUGCUCAACUCGAGAGUGCUAGUGCUUCACAAAGUCCACACGCCACCCAGAAACCUGUCAGUCCAGUGCCGCCAACAUCUAAACCUGACUCUCAUGCUCCUAAACCUGAUACUCAAGUUUCAAAUGUAGACCCCCAAGUUCCAAAAGCUGAUCCGAUUAAAGUAAAAACUCCUGCAGAUGUAGUGACUGCAAGUGAAUCUGCUGUAAAGCCAGAUGAAACUCCAAAAGAUGAAGUAGCAGUAGGAAAACCUAGUCAAACACCUGACACUACAAAUGCUGAUUCACCAAAGGAAAAGACUAC